AUGCUGGUCAUUGCGGUAGAGGUGCGCCGCGCAAAGAGUGCCGGCAGCCGGCGAGGGGAGCGAGCCGAGGUGCCAACGACCAAGAGUUCUCAAGAGCCGGACGGAUGGGCUUCAUCUGCUUUCCAGAUGCAGCAAGAAUUGGAGCUGCUGCAGAGGUGGAAGGCUGACGCGCUCAACGUCUUGGAGCAAAUGCAAGCCGAUGUUGCGUCUGCCCAGGAGAAGUACCAUCAGCAGCUGAAACACAAUCAGAUGUUGCAGGGUCGCUUGGAGAGCAUGGGUCUGGAGGCCAAAGCGGUUCUGACAGAAUUGCCACGUUACCAGACUCCAGGUGCUCUUCAUGAUUCCUGCGGAGGACCCGCAGAAGCGGUUGGCGGAAGGCUCCGCCUUGUGCCCGAAGUGCCGGAAAGAUCGACCCUCGCAUCGUCUCACGGGUGGUAA